AUGUCGAGCGAACCAGAGAAAUCACUUUCAAGCCCCAAUGGCUCCGAACCAGCUACCCAUCAAGCUGAGAAGCAGCCUGAAGGCGGCAUCAAAGACUAUUUUCGCAUCUUCCAGUACGCCGACGGCUAUGACUGGACCCUGAAUGCCAUCGCCUGUUCUUCCGCCAUUGCCUCCGGGGCAGCGCUUCCCUUGAUGUCCCUGGUCUUCGGGACCUUCACAACCAAGUUUAACAAUUUCGCCAGUGGCAGGUCGACGCCACAACAGUUCAGAGACGACGUCGACCAUUUCGUGCUUUGGUUCAUCUACCUCUUCAUUGGCCGCUUCGCCGCGACCUAUGUGGCAACCGGGACCAUCAGCAUCUCCGCAAUACGAACAACCCGUUCUUUCCGGAAGGCGUUUCUUGAAGCGACUCUGCGGCAGGAAAUCUGGCAUUUCGACAGACAGACCAACGGAGCCACGGCCACUCAGGUCACCACCAACGGGAACCGAAUCCAGUCGGGCAUUGCUGAGAAGCUCGUCUUCGUCAUGCAGGGACUUUCCAUGUUUUUGGCCUCCUUCGUCGUGGCUUUGGCUGCGCAGUGGAAAUUGGCGUUGAUCACCAUGUCCGUCAUCCCUGCAAUUUUCAUCGUCACGGGUGUCUGCAUAGCUAUCGACGCGGUGCAGGAGGCCAGGGUCCUCCGCAUCUACUCUCGGGCUGCUGUCCUGGCCGAGGAGGUGUUGUCGUCCAUCCGAACAGUCCACGCCUUUUACGCACAGAAGAAAAUGGUCCAGAGAUACGACACAUUCCUGCAAGAGGCCCACAAAGAAGGAAACAAGAAGUCUCCCAACUACGGCGUCCUUUUCUCCACUCAGUAUUUCUGUGUCUACUCGGCGAUCGCCCUCUCAUUCUGGCAAGGAUUCCGAAUGUUCCAGAGCGGCGAAAUUGAAAGUGUUGGCAAGGUCUUUACGGUGGUGCUGUCGGUAACCAUUGCUGCAACGGCAAUCUCAAGCAUUGCGCCACAAAUCCAAGCUGUCACAAACGCAUCGUCCGCUGCCUCGGAGCUGUUCAGCGUCAUAGAUAAGCCAUCCCUGCUGGACCCUCUCAACCCUGCCGGCGCACAGCCAUCCUCAUGUGGAGGCCAGAUCGAGAUUACAGGCUUGGAAUUUGCCUACCCAUCUCGCCCGGGGGCUCAGGUCCUGCGUGGAUUGACCGUUAGCAUUCCUGCCGGUAAGACCACGGCUCUGGUCGGAGCGUCGGGAUGCGGGAAAAGCACACUUGUCGGGCUUCUGGAACGGUGGUAUCUGCCCACGGCUGGUCAUAUCACUCUCGACGGAUUAGAACUGGAUGAAUACAACGUCAGAUGGCUGAGAAGUCAAAUUCGCCUUGUGCAACAAGAGCCAGUCUUAUUCCGAGGAACGGUGUUUGAGAAUGUCGCCAAAGGCUUUCUCGACGAGCAACGAGCCUUCCCCCACGAGAAACAGAUGGAAUUGGUCCGAGAAGCCUGCAAGGCCAGUAAUGCUGAUGAGUUCAUCAAUGAGCUCCCUCAAGGCUACGAAACCCAAGUGGGUGAGCGGGCUGGGACGCUCAGUGGCGGUCAGCGACAGCGAAUCGCCAUUGCGCGCAGCAUUGUCUCAGACCCAAAGAUCCUUCUUCUCGACGAAGCCACAAGCGCUCUUGACCCUCGAGCGGAACGACUGGUGCAGGAUGCCCUGAAUCGGGUGUCGGAAAACCGGACAACGCUGGUCAUUGCACACAAACUGGCGACUGUGAAGACCGCCGACAACAUUGCGGUCAUGUCCUAUGGACGGAUAGUCGAGCAAGGCACCCACCAGCAAUUGAUCCAUCUGGACGGACAUUACGCAGGACUGGUGCGGGCUCAAGAUCUCGGGUCCGCCGAACAGGACGAGUCUAGCAAGCUCCUGAGUGAGAAGCAGGCCCUCGAAGUGACAGAUGAACGACUAGGGAUUCAACGCACCAUCACCACUGCGACGUCCGAGGGAGGUGACGCAGAAAGACGGAAACCCCCUGUCGGCACUCUCGACUACUCGCUCCUGCGAUGCAUUUUCAUCAUGUUCUACGAACAGAAGUCGUUGUACUGGUGCUUCUUCGUGUCGACUGUCGCCAGCCUCAUUGGUGGCGGCACGUACCCAGCCCAGGCUGUUCUGUUCUCCAGGCUCCUGACUAUCUUUCAGUUGACAGGUAAGCAAGCGCGCGACCGCGCAGAUUUCUAUUCAUUAAUGUUCUUCGUCGUCGCGCUCGGCAACCUGGUGGCCUAUUUUACAAUCGGGUGGAUAUGUAACAUCAUCGGACAGACGGUCACUCAUCGCUAUCGCUCGGAGAUGUUCGAACGUGUCCUCGACCAGGACAUUGAGUUCUUCGACCUUCCGGAUAAUACGUCGGGCGCCCUGACCUCGAAACUCUCGACGCUUCCAAACCAACUACAAGAGCUGGUGGCAUUCAACAUCCUGCUCAUCUUCAUAGUGGUGGUCAACGUGGUGUCUAGCAGCAUUCUCGCCUUGGCCUAUGGUUGGAAGCUCGGCCUCGUUGUGGUCUUUGGGGCGCUUCCGCCACUCCUGCUGUCGGGUUAUCUUCGCAUCCGGCUGGAAACGAAGCUCGAGUCCCAGGUUUCGGACAAGUUUGCAGAGAGCGCCGGGCUGGCCAACGAGGCCGUCUCGUCGAUCAGAACCGUGGCUUCUUUGACGCUCGAGGCGCACGUGCUGGAGGAAUACUCCCAAAUGCUCAGCAAUAUCGUCCUGAAGUCGACCCGGUCCUUGGUGUGGACCAUGUUCUGGUUCUCGCUGUCCCAGUCCAUCGUGUUUCUGGCCAUGGCGCUCGGCUUCUGGUACGGGAGCCGCCUGUUGUCGACGGGAGAGUACUCCACGGGACAGUUCUAUACCAUCUUUGUCGGCGUGCUCUUCGCGGGGCAAGCGGCGGGCGAAUUCUUCGGGUAUACGACUUCCAUCACCAAGGCACGAAGCGCCGCCAACUACAUCCUUUGGCUGAGGACCUUGCAGCCGACCAUCAGGGAGACGGACACGAACAAAUCCAACGGGCCCGAGGGAGACGGCCCCGUUGAUCUUGAGGAGAUUGAGUUUCGCUACCGUCAAAGGGAGACGUCGCGCGUCAUUCGCGGCAUCUCGAUGAGCAUCCAGCCGGGCCAAUUCGCCGCGUUCGUGGGAGCAUCCGGCUGCGGCAAGUCCACGCUGGUCGCGCUGCUCGAGCGGUUCUACGAUCCGACCUCGGGGCGCAUCUGUUUCGCCCACAAGGACGUCGCGGCCAUGUCACCCCGCCUCUACCGCGGCCACAUGUCGCUGGUGCAGCAAGAACCCACGUUGUACCAGGGCUCGGUGCGCGAGAACGUCUCUCUGGGCCUCGCCUUCGAGCCCUCGGAGGAGCAGAUCCGCGAAGCGUGUCGCCAAGCCAACGCGCUGGACUUUGUGAUUUCUCUGCCCGAAGGGUUCGACACGCCGUGCGGGUCGCGCGGCACGCAGCUGUCGGGCGGCCAGAGGCAGCGCGUCGCCAUCGCGAGGGCCCUGAUCCGCAACCCGCAGCUGCUCCUGCUGGACGAGGCCACCAGCGCGCUGGACACCCUGUCGGAACGGCUGGUGCAGGCGGCGCUGGACGAGGCGGCCGUGGCCCGGACGACGGUCGCCGUGGCGCACCGCCUGUCGACCAUCCGCGCGGCCGACGUCAUCUUCGUGAUUGCCAACGGCCGCAUCGCCGAGACAGGGACGCACGCCGAGCUGCAGCAGCUGAAGGGCCGCUACUAUGAGAUGUGUCUGGCGCAGUCAUUAGACAGGGCGUAA